AUGGUGGGGGUGACAGCAAUGAGGACAUGGAUUGAGCCGGUAGUUGCAGGUUCUGAUGUGGCCAGUGCCUUCUACGACACGGCACUGCUGCUGGUGGUGAAGAACUACUACAACCAGACCAACACCACUGCUCCCUCCCAUGCACUGGAAGAUGCUCAGCAGAAAGCUGUCUCUAAUUUUUAUAUCAUCUACAACCUAGUCCUGGGCCUGAGCCCACUGGUGUCAGCCUAUGGCUUGUCCAAGCUGGGGGACAGGAUUCAUCGGAAGAUCCCCAUCUGCUCCUCUCUUCUUGGCUACUUGGGCUCCAAAACUCUCCUGCUUCUCCUGAUCCUGCUGGGCUGGCCGAUUGAGGUGAUGUACGGGGCUGCUGCCUUCAACGGGCUGACGGGUGGUUUCACCACGCUCUGGGCAGGUGUCAUGGCUCUGGGGUCCCUGGGGUCUUCCGAGAGCAGGAGGUCUCUGCGCCUUAUCAUUAUUGAGCUGGUGUAUGGCCUCGCUGGCUUUCUAGGAAGCAUGGCAUCUGGCUACCUAUUUGUUGGCUUCAGUGACCGCUAUCGAGAGGGCACUGUGCUGGUGAGCUGCAGCAUUGCUUGCUAUGCUUUCUGCCUCCUCUACAGCGUUUUUGUCCUGACAGUCCCUAAGCCAGCAGCUUCCUGCCCAGACAAAGCCAAGAGUGCAGAGGAGGUGGGCAGCAAGCUACCAGCCCACAAAGAAGCAGCAGCAUCAGGGAGUUCCCAACCUUCGGAGAGCACCACAUCCACUCUAGUAUCCCCCUCAAAACUCAUCAUCAUCAUGCUGUUUGUGGCAGCAAUCCUCUAUGACCUUGCCGUGGUUGGUGCAAUGAACGUACUCCCGCUCUUCUUGCUCAGGGAGCCUUUAAGUUGGAAUGCCGUAGAGAUUGGCCACGGCAAUGCUGCUGGGUACGUGAUCUUCAUCACCAGCUUCCUAGGGGUAUUUGUGUUCUCCAAAUACCUGAGGGACAUUACCAUGAUCAUGAUCGGAGUGAUAUCCUUCAGCGCUGGCAGCCUCAUCAUGGCCUUCGUGCGGUGGACGUUCCUGUUCUACAUCGCACGGGCAGUGAUGCUCUUUGCCCUCAUCCCCUUACCAACCAUCAGGUCGAUGUUAUCCAAGCACGUUGAAGGAUCAUCCUAUGGUAAAGUGUUUGUCCUGCUGCAGUUGUCUUUAGUCACGACGGGAGUAGUGACAUCCACGGUCUACAACAAGAUCUAUCAAAACACACUGAACUGGUACAGCGGCUUCUGUUUCAUUUUGUCUUUUCUAGUUGGCUGCCUGACUCUCCUCCCAUUAAGCAUUGUGGCCAUCAAACAACGUUCAACCAGCGGCUCCCUUCAGAUUCUGACUGAGUGA